GCGUGACGAGCCCAAACAACGGCUGCGAAGGAGACCAACAACAUGGCAGUGUUAAGAUUAAUUACCUUUGACGCUUGUAAUACUCUUUUUCGUGUUCGAGGCUCGCCUGGGGAAUUGUACAGCUGUGUGGCCUCUCGUUUUGGUGUCGAGACAAAGGCCAAACCUUUGAACGAUUCGUUCAAACGCUCCUUUCGAGAAUUCUGCAAUACCCUGCCAAACUUUGAUGCCAACAGUUAUAACACAGCCGAAAAAUGGUGGCAUGGAGUGGUAACACAAACAUUUCGUUCGGCUGGAUACCAAGAGGAAGCAAAUUUAGCCAGAAUUUCCUCAGUUCUGUAUCGAGAAUUUUCAACAUCAAGGUACUGGCAAGUUUACCCUGAAACUCAUUCCGUGUUGAAUCAUUUGAAAAAGCAGAACUACCAUCUUGCCAUUGUAUCUAACUUUGAUGAGCGACUUGAUGGAAUUCUCGAAAGUCUAAGCGUCAAAGACUAUUUCGACUUCAUAACGUGCUCGUUUAAUGCUGGAUUUUACAAACCAUCUCCUAAAAUUUUUGAGCUUGUUCUGAAUCAUUUUGGCGUCAAAGCUGAAGAAGCACUGCAUGUUGGGGAUAAUGUAGACUUGGAUUACAAGCCAGCUAUUCAGUUGGGAAUGAAAUCCUUGAUUGUAGACAGGUUUUGUAUGGACUUUAGCAAAGAUAUUGUAAAUCCUGAACAUCUUAUCAAAGAUCUAAACCCUUUGCUAAAACUUUGAAUUAAAAAUUCUUAUGAUUAUAUUUUA